CCUGACGCGUAGCCACAGUGGUGCUAUGAAGGACGCGCCGCGCUGCCUCUCGCCGCAUAUAAAAGAAGGUCGCUGAGCCGCGGGGACGGCUUCCUAGGAGCCCCAUCAUUAGUCGAGGACGACGCUGUGCGGCACUAUGGCCGUGUGUGCGACGUGCGUGAGCAAGGUGUACAGUGGGGUGAUGGAUGAUGUCAUUUCUGGGGUGCGAGAGUUCUUUUUGGACGAGGGCCUGGAUGAACAAGUGCUGUCUGAGCUGCGUCAGUUAUGGGAGCAGAAGUUACAGCAUAUGAAUGUUUUUCCCAACUGUGAGCCAGGCACAGCAUCCUCCCACCAGUCACAGGGACAGGUGCAACAGCAACAACAGCAGCAGCAGCAGCAGCAGCAACAACAACAAACACAGCAACAGCAGGUGCAACAGCAACAACAGCAACAGCAACAGACUCAACAGACUGCAGGAGGAAGCCCAGCUGUAGUUGCCAAUCUGGUACCAGUGCAGAUUACUGUGCCAGCGCAGCAAGCAGGGGGUGUGCCCAAAGCCAUCACCAUCCAUGUCCCAUCCAAUGCCCUGGCUAAUGGAGUUGCUGGCAUGCAGCUGCAGGCCAUCCUUAGCUCCCCAACUGCUGCACAUACCUUUGCUCUUGAGGCCAGCAAGGCGGCGGAAAUUAUCCAGCGUAAAUUGAACCAAGCCCUUGAGGAAAAUGGUAUUACUCUUCCUCCACAGCUCCAGCAAUAUAGCCAGAUUGCCACCACCCAGGUGGAUGGACCUGUCGAUGAACCACUGGGAGCCACAUCAGCCUCCUGUUCCUCAUCCACACAUAAGGCAGAAGCUACUCACCCACCACACACUGUCACUGCAGAUAGAAGAAUUAUGGAUGCCAUAAUCUAUGAGAGAUUAAAAGCCACCCAGGUGGAUGGCCAGUUUGGCACUGGAGACAGCUCCUCUGAGAUCUCUGAUGAUGAUGAUGAUGAUGAUGAUGACAAAGAUGAAGAAGAUGACAAGAAAUCCAUAGAUGGAGAAGAAGAUGAAGAUGAGGCUGAGGGGCCAGAGGAAGAACCACUGAAUAGUGAUGAUGAUGUGAGUGAGGAUGACACCUCUGACAUGUUUGACACAGACAAUGUAGUGGUGUGUCAGUAUGACAAGAUCACUCGAGUGAGAAAUAAGUGGAAGUUCAACCUGAAAGAUGGCAUCAUGAACCUCAAGGGGAAGGACUACCUCUUCCAAAAAGCCACUGGAGAAGGGGAAUGGUAGACAACAAGGAUGGUAGAGACAAAGGAAGGCAGGCCACAUGGAGAACUGUCAUUUCAGAGACUGAGUGGUCAUGUUUCUGUCCACUCCUGUGGUACAAAGCUUUAGCUGGUUGUUGCUGCACUUCUGUGACCAGACAGGUUUGUCUGUUAGUGCAGUGUAAUGAGAAAAUGUCAAUGUGGAAAUCUAAGGCACUUGACACAGUUGUUGAUUUCUUACCUUUUGUCCACAAGACAGAUAUAUUGAUUCCUCAAAGUUGCAGGUUUGAUAUUCUUCUCACUGUAGAGCAGGGAUUCACUAUGUAUAUAUUUCUCUGCAUGGCAUUAUGAUUUUAUUAUUCAUUAUUUAGCAUUAUAGUAUGUUUUGAAUAUUCAAUUUACCUAUUCACUAGCCAUUGCAUUGCUCCUCUGUUCUGUUAGAAAACAAAGUAUCACUUUAGAGGCUACUUACUUACCUGUCAAGGUAAAUUUCACAAAUAAUCAAAGGCUUCAUGGAAAUUCUUCACCUGUACUAUUGAUAAUGUGUUUCAGUCAUUAUUUGAAGCCUCCUGUAGUAUGUUUACAGUGGUUGCAUCAUUGAGAUGAGAUGUGGGAAAGCAUAGGUUGUUUGCAUUUAGUAUCCAUGAUGUCAGAUUUUUUUAUAUAAAUCCAGCAUUGACUUUGUGUGGUCACAUUCCUUCAUUGUUCUGCCAUUUUUGUGUUCACCACUAUGUUGCUCUCCUGUCUGUUGCUGGCACAAGUGAUGAGUUAUUGAAUGGGUCAAAUAGAAAUUUUUUUUCACAGUAA